AUUAAAUAUAAAACAUUUUUUAAAGUUUUCAGAAUAAUUUACAUCAAAUUUUUUUGAUGUGAAUUAUUUUACGCGAAUGUAGGAUGUAUAAAAUUUAUAUGUGAUGUAAUGUAAUGUAUGUAUAUGUGUAUGAAUGUAUGUGUACAUGUCUAUAUGUAUAUGUAUUAAUUUUUUUAUUAUUGCAAAUAAAUCUGAUACUUUUGUUACUUGUGGUCAUUUAAUUGGGAAUUAAUAAUUCUCUUAAAAAUUAUCCUUAUAUUCAGUAAUUUAUAUAAUUUUUUAAUUAUUAAUUCGUCAAAUUAUAUGAUAUUUAUAGUAAAAAUUCCUGAUUGUAUCACUUUAUGAUAAGCAUUUGUAAGAUUCUUAAGCACUUAAAGUAAAAUUAUCAGAUAAGUAUUAUUCAGAUAAGUUUUACCAGAGAGAUAAUUUUAUUUAGACUUUAAAAUUGAAAUAAAGCACAGUAUUUCUCAUUAAAUGAAGUAGACAUCUUAUUAUUCCAUAAAUUUCAACAAAAACGAACUAUAUAUAUAUAUACACACACACACAUAUAUACACAUAGUAACUACAUAAAAUAUGUAAUAUUUAAAUUGUUUGAUUAUAUAAUGGUUUUUUAUUGUAACAUGAGAUGUUUGCACAGUGCAAAUGGGUUUUAAUAUAUAAUAUGGUUAUUAUAUUGUUUUUAUGUUUUAAUACAAUAUGUACAACAAAUGCAGAGAAUGCAAUGAGAUUUACUGGUGUUGUGGAAAAUAUUACAGUAUAUGCUAUAAAAGAUGAAAAUUAUCUUGAAAAUGACAAUAUGUUCAAAUCAUUAAAAUUGAAUAUAUCUUGGAUGCCACCAAAUAAGGGAAAACAACCUUCUUCAUACAGCAUUAUAAUUACAUGUAUUCCAAAAGUAACCAAUAUAAAUAAGAAAGAAUGUAUAGAAAGUUCUGCAUUCUAUAAUGUACAAAAUAAAAGUCCAUUUAGCUUAUUAGUACCGCAGAAUAAAUUACUGAGUGAUAUGCCAGAAAUUCAAAUACGUCCGAAUUAUACAUAUAAAAUACAAGUGUAUGCCAAUCCAAGAGCUAAACCUGUAGGAAAGUUGCCUGAAGUCAUCUAUACAGUUCCAAAAUGUAUAAACCAUAAAUGCAGUUGCAUGGAUGCAAAAAUGACUUUACCUAUUCCAAAAGUAGAAAUAAUUCAAAUGAAAAAAAAUAUUGUUAUAAAUUGGAAUAUUACAUCAAAUAGUUCUUACAUCCAUUCCUACAUUAUUAGUAUUGGCAUACCAUUAUCGACAUCAAAAGCAGGAUAUUUUAUAUACGAUAUUACGAAGAUAGGUAACGUGACCUCUACAAAAAAUACCUUUAAUUGGGAUUUGAAGAUUAACAAUCAGUACAUUAAAAUCGAAAAUGGAUACAAAAUAUUAGUGGAGGCAUUAGAUUACCGAGGUUGUUCAGGAACUCAAGGCAGUUUUACUGUUAUUAAUAUAGACGAAAUUAAGACAUUAAAUGGCAAUAUCAUUUGGCUAUUGCUUGCUGGUAUUGGUAUUUGUGUUAUAUUAGGAUUUAUCAGCAUUGUGUCAAUACAUAAUAAAACUGAAUAUAAAUUGGAAUGGCCAUUUAGACAGGAACGAACUAUUUCUGGAUUUUCUGCUUAUAAGUUGGCUCAAUGGCCCAAUUUAGUUUCCCAGAAUAAUAUCAGUACAUAUGUCGAACAAAAUUUAGAGGAAAAUUGUUGCAAAACACAAAAUGAUAAAUUUGAAAUGCCAUACAAAUGUAUCAAUCUUAUAUAUGAAUUAGGAAAAGGACAAUUUGGCAGAGUAUAUUUAGGCAGCUUGAAUAAUAAUGAAGAUACAUUAGUAGCUGUUAAAAUGUUGCAAUGUUCUGAUACAUCCAAUGAACCUGAAGCUAGACAACAAUUAUUAGAAGAAAUCAAAAUAAUGAAAGCAGCUGGUUCUCACCCGCAUUUAGUGAGCCUUAUAGGUUGCUGCACUUUACCACAUAAUCCUAUAUGUAUACUUUUAGAAUAUAUGGAAGGUGGGGAUUUGCUCGCAUAUCUGCAUUCUAGAAGAAGAGUUGAAUUGGAUGAUUUAUCUUGGUACUGUUUUGAAAAGACUAGAUAUGUAAAUGUUAUUGAAAAAAACAAAAAGAAGGAUGAAGAUUUAUGUGGUGAAAUUAAGAGGCAACAAUUUAUAAAAUUUGCACUUGAUAUCGCAAGAGGAAUGGAGCAUUUAGAAGGUAAAGGAAUCACACAUAGGGAUUUAGCAGCAAGAAAUAUCCUCCUCACUUCAGAUCUAACGCUUAAGGUUUCUGAUUUUGGCUUGUCUCGCAAUGGAAUAUAUGUGAUAAAUCAUAUGGCAGGAAAAGUUUGUCAACUCCCAAUACGUUGGAUGUCACCAGAAGCUAUACGCGAUCAUGCUUUUUCUUCCAAAAGUGAUGUCUGGUCAUUCGGUGUUAUUCUUUGGGAGAUUGGAACUUUAGGUUCUUUUCCAUAUGCUAACAUACAAAAUGAUGAUUUGAUGCGUUAUUUAAUUCAAGAUAAAUGUCGUUUAUCUUGUCCUAAUACUGUUUCUCAUGAUAUAUAUAAAAUUAUGUAUUCUUGUUGGAAUACAGUGCCACAUAAUAGGCCCAGUUUUGCGCAACUUGUUUUAGAUUUACAGACACUAAAAGAGCCUCUAUAUUUUAUGCAUGAAACAAAUAAUCCUUGUUACACAUUAUUAUCACUUUAAUAGAUUUUAAAAACAUUGAUAAAUAUGUAUUCAUGUAUGUAUAUAUUAUAUAUACAGGGUGUCCCAAAGCACCUGUGACAACGCUCGUGAGAGGGUAGCACAGUAAACUGAACAGAAAAGUCCUUUAUCAUUUUGUUCUAUAACGCUUAACAAAGAAGUUAUUAUUGAGUAAAGUCUGGUCAAUCAUCGCCGAUCUUUAGGCGGGUGCACAUCGGUGAGCCGUGCUAAGCGCUCACGUACCAUGCGCUAUCAGACGCACAGUUCACUAACGUGCGCCCGGCUAAAGAUCGGCGAUGAUUGACCAAAGUUUAUUCAAUAAUAACUCAUUUAUUAAGUAUUAUAGGACAAAUGACAAAGAACUUUUUUGUUCAGUUUACUGUGCUCUAACGCUCACGAGCGUUGUCACAGAUGCUGUGGGACACCCUGUAUGUAUAUAUGUAUGUUUGUAUGCAUGUAUAUAUGUAUGUAUGUAUGUAUGUACACAUAAAUAUAAAAAUGAGGCUAAAGAUACCAAUUAUUAAUAUUAAAAUAUUCUAUAAAGUAUCUUAUCUCAGAAAGAUAUUGUGUGUGUGUGUAUAUAUAUAUAUUUUUAAUUUAUAAAAAUCUAUGCAGUUAAACUUUCAAGUUUUUAUUCCAUGGAAUAAUAACAAAAGCUGAUAUUGUGAAA